UUUAAAAAGUCCUAUCCAAGGGAGUGGUGAUAUUAGCAACGGCAGCCAAAGGGGAAUUCCUUCCCAUUUCCAAAUUCUCUUGUAAAUUUCACUUCUCAAAUUUCCCCUUCAAUGUCGCCCGGUUUCUCUUCCUGCUUCCGCCCAUCCUCCGUCCGCCGCCGCUCUCCGCUCUCAACUUCCGGCUGCCCCAAUCUCACCACCUGCAUUUACCACACCAAUUUCGCUCUUUUUUCCCUUUCUUGGUCUCAGUCUCUCUUCUCCCAUUCUCUUCUUCUUCAUUUUCACCAAAACCUUAAUCCCUUUGAUUCACCUCAAAAUCCUUCUUCUUUUUCUUCUUCUUCUUCUUCUUCAAUCUCUUUUCGCCUUCGUAUCAGACCUUUAAUUCCAUGGAAGAAACACGGCUCUGAGAAGCUUUCUGACAGUAUCCAUGUCUUCUGGGACCUUCGCCGAGCUCGUUUCUCCUCCUCCUCGCCUGAACCCUGUUCUGGAUUCUUCAUCGCCGUCGUUGUGGACGGCGAAAUGACGCUUCUCGUCGGAGAUAUGAUAAAGGAGGCCUCCAAGAAGAUCAGAGCGGCGAAACCACCUCAAGUUCUCCAAACCCUAAUUCUCAAAAGGGAACAUGUAACUGCCCACAAAAUCUACACCACAAAAGCGAAAUUCGCUGGUCAAAUCCGAGAAAUCCAAAUCGAUUGCGGCUUCUCCAACUACAACGACGACGAUUUGGGACUGUCGUUUAGUGUUGACGGAAAAAGGGUUCUAGAAAUCAAGCGGCUGAAAUGGAAGUUUAGAGGAAAUGAAAGAAUCGAAGUCGCUGGAGUUCAAAUGGAUGUAUAUUGGGAUGUAUACAAUUGGGUUUUCGAAUUGGAGAAAGAAAACAGAGGAAAUGCAGUGUUUAUGUUCAGAUUCGAAGAGGAAAUCGAAGAACAGAGCAAUCAACAGCAGAACUGGAACCUGGGAUUGAACGAAUUAGAGUGGAGAAGGAUGCGAAGUAGCUUAUCCUCAUCAUCAAUAUCCUUUUCAACGUCGACGUCGUCGGUCGGAUCAUCCGCCGGAGCCAGUUCCUCAGUUAUGGAGUGGGCUAAUAGUGAAGAUAGCGAUCAAAUUGGAGCACCAUUGGGAUUUUCUCUACUAAUAUACGCUUGGAGAAGGUGAAAUCAACACACCAUUGCAACAAAAUUACAAGAAAUCGUUCAUUUACAUUACAUUAGAUUAAUUGCGUCUCCCAAAAUCCUCUGUUUAAUCUGUUACCAUCAAGGGUACGAAUGAAAUUUUAGCUUUGGAUUCUGUUGAGUGAAUUUGGAAAAUUUGGGGAGGAGAGGGACAAAAGUGGCAAUGGGGUCUGUGUCGUUUUCCUGUUUGAAUGGGGACAAGUAAAAAUGUGUAAUGAAAUUGAAGCUGAAAAAGGGAGAUGAUAGAUUCCAUUAAAGUUCCGUUGGGAACAGUGAAGAAGAAGAAGAUGUGGGAAACUGACGAACCCCAUAAAAAGAGGGAAAAGAAACGUCUUGAGAGGUAAAUUAUAGGACAAAGUUGUAGAGUUUGAUAGUAUUUGUAAUUCUUUGAAACGUUACUAUAUAUUUAAUUAUUACUUCUAUAA